CUUUUUCUCCGUAGAGGCGCUUUCAGGUUUCUUCCGGUCUUCGGCAGCGGCUUGUAUAGAGACCAGCCAGCCGCUGAGUGAAGGGAGUCGGCGCUCGGCUUUCGUGCCGCUACCACCACCGCCACUUGCCUUCAGUUUCCUCUUCUCUCGGAAGCGUGCCCACUCCUGGUUUUGAGCAGGGAAGGGGGCAGCCUUAUCUCGCUUUUCUCUUAGGGAUAUUUGCGAACGAUCAGCCUGCCCGCACAGACACACAGUCUUGCGACUCUAUAAGGGCUCGGAGUCGGAGGUGUAUUGGAGCAUAAGCAAAAUCGGUUCGACUUCUAGGUGCCACAGAUGCGUUAUGUCCAAACUGGAGGCUACCCGUGUGGGACUUGGAGUGGUCUUGGGAGCAGCUGCAGGAAUAGGUCUCUUCUACCACUUCUACAAACGAAGCAGGAAAAAACCCUGGUGGUUAGAGAGUUCCAGACCCCAAAACAUACCAGUUCUGCAGAAUGCUCUGAACCCUCAGGAACACACAGAAACCCUACAGCCUUAUAAUCAGGGUCCAUGGAUGAGACAAGGACCGGUGGAGGGAGGUGACAGUAUAACACACUCAACUUUUCUAACACAUGAAGAACAGACUGAAGUACUGAACCGUUUGGAUUUUGUGCUCAAAAGCAUUAUAGAGCUGCGAAGUGAAGUAGAAGAGUUGCGGAACAGCCUGCAGGGUUUAGCUGGAGAGAUUGCUGUAGAAAUUAGGUCCCAACUAGAAGAAAGCCAGAAAGCUACUCGGCGAAGGCGUUUUGUCUUUUCUAGAGAGAGGAGUGAUUCCACAGGAUCCAGCUCCAUAUAUUUCACAACAAGCUCAGGAACAGUCAAUGCUGAUGAUGGUGAAAGUGAGGGAGGCUAUACUACAGCAAAUGCUGAAUCUGAUUAUGAUCGUGAGUCUGAGAAAGAAAGUGAAGAAGGGGAAGAUGAAAUCAGUUGCGAGACAGUGAGGACUGCGAGGAGGGACUCCCUGGACCUUGUCAAUGAGGACGAAACUACAUUGACCUUUGACUCUGCUGUGGACGAAGAACUUGCUCAGUUGCUGCAGCAAGCAGAUCACUUGCACAGGGGGAGUGACCAGGAGAAGAAAGAAGGAUUCCAACUGUUGCUGAACAAUAAGCUAAUGUAUGGCAGUAAGCAGGAUUUUCUUUGGCGUCUGGCCCGAGCACAUAGUGACAUGUGUGAAAUCACAGAAGAUGCAGAUGAGAAAAAGGCUUGUGCAUCUGAUGGGAAAGAAGAGGCAGAAACAGCUCUGCAGAUGGGAGAUCAAAGUGCUGAGUGUCACCAGUGGUAUGCUGUUCUUUGUGGCCAGUUCUCAGAACACGAAAGCAUACAGAAACGCAUUCAAGCAGGGCACAUCUUUAAGCAACAUAUAGACAAAGCAAUUGCUCUGAAACCAGAUGACCCCAAAUCUUUCUAUCUCCUGGGCCGGUGGUGUUACCAGGUCUCUCAUCUGGGAUGGCUGGAAAGGAAAACUGCUUCGGCUUUGUAUGAAGAACCCCCUACAGCCAGUGUCCAAGAUGCACUGACGAACUUCUUAAAGGCUGAAGAACUGAGCUCCGGUUUUUCAAAAAUGGGAAGGGUAUACAUUGCCAAGUGCUACAGAGAACUGGGAGAUAACUCUACAGCUGAUCACUGGCUGAGUUUGGCUUCAGAGCUGCCAGUUAUCACAAAAGAGGAUGAAGAAAGCAACAGAGAAAUAGAAGCAUUGCAUUCAAUUUCAGAAGACUGAGCAAGUUUAAAGUUCACAUCUACAUAAUAAUGAGUGAGCUCUGAAAGCUCCAGUGUAAAAAGUUUCACAAUCAUGGCUAUCCUGACUUGGCGUAAUGCCACAGAAUACAAACCACAGAACACAUACACUCAAAAAACCCCAACCUACGGUUUCAGCAGCUCUUCCUCAGAGAUUUAGACUGGCAAGAACAUCCCAGUCAAGGGCACUUAACAACAAGAGAAAGGAGCUGAAUUGCAUUAGAUGGUCUGGUCAGAACUUCCAUACAUAACUGCAGACACUACCAAACUGCGUGCUUAUGCUGUUUGCUGUUUUCGUGCUUAUGCUGUUUGGUUUUUGUCUUCACCAAACAGACAUUUCCAAGACCCAUUUAUUGUAUGCUUUCUAAAUGGAGAUGGGAUCAACAUGCCACUUCAUAUGUUAAUCCUCCUUUUUGUAAAACCUUGCAGAUUGUUGUUUAAAAAAAAAAAAAAAAAGGACCCAAUGAAACUGACAUGAACAGGAUCAUCCAUAAUUUUUCUUUUAGAUCAAAGCAUCUUGGGUGGGGUUUUCCUGAUUUAAAUCUUCACCAUUAAACCCCUAACUGGGAACAGUAGGGCUACUAUUUGCUCCAUGGAUUAAAAUCUACAGAGCUUGUAUGGCUUCCCCUGUGGCAAAUAGCAAUUUUUGGGUGCAGGGAAGGUUGUUAAUCGGGGGAAGUGGCACAGGGGAGCUUUAAAUCUUCCACCCUGGCCCUGAUACAAAUCUCCCUCUACAACUUCUAAAAAGGUACCACAGGGUAUUCUGUUCACAGAUAUCCUAUUCACACCUAAGUUAGCUCUAACUCAUAAGUUUGUGGCGAUUCUGGCAAAUAGUGUGUCUUGUUUUGUGUUUUACUGCUUAAUCAGUGCGCACAUGGCACCCUGUUUUCUGAUUUGAUUUCACUGUGUUGACUCCACGUACAUAACUGGUAAAUACGACUUGGCUAAAAGUUGUGUGAAAAGUCUGUUGAAGGAAAUGGUAAAAUAUUGUUCACUGCUUGCCUAUUUGUGUUCAGAAGAGUGAGGUAGUGUCACUUAGCACUAUGCUUAUGAUGAAUAUCCAGGUGGAGAGUUAUAAUACAGUGUUAUGGAUGUGAAUACGAAUUCUACAAACUAGGCUUCUCCUUGACGCCUUACAAAUCACUCCAGAAAUGUUCCUCAUGCUCAAAGCACAAGCCUGUUAAUCAGUUUGUUUCCCUAUAACUGCUUGUGGGAUUUGUUUUCCUUGCGGCUCUCCGUUUCUUGAGCAUUGUUCACUCUUGGCAUAUGUUUGCACAAGCAGAGCAUACUCUUGCUGCCCUGCCCAUUGCCAAAGCAACAAGGAGCACCCACCAGCAAAACUUUUUAAAAACCACAUAUCUUUAUUUUGCGGGACCAAAUCACCUGCCUUAAGUCUCUACAUUUGUUUCAAAGAAAGCAUAUCGCUUCCAGAAGAAGGUGUUUAAAAUCCAUUAAACUUAAGGAACAAAGAGGAGGGAUCUGCCAGAGUUCUCAUUCUGUGUCUGUGUGCGUACACACUGACACUUUAAAAUAAAUGUCUUCUGCAAACUUGAGCUUCAUCUGUCUAUGACAGAGUACAGUGUGGUAGUGGCAGAAUACAAAAAAGGAUGCUUGCUUUUUAGAAAGAAGGGAAGUGCAUGUAUUUUCCGAAGCUGUCAUGGCUUAGUAAAUUGAGUUGUACCACAAUAUGUAAUGCAAAUAACAUCAAUGAGUGGAAUGUGGAAUUAAAUUACCAUUCGGUUUCA